AUGCCUCGCUCAAAGACGCCUUGUCGCGCGAUGUUUGGAGUAACUAUCGGGAAGCGGAUUUCCAACGGAAAAAAUGUUUACAGUCUGCGACGUCGUUAUCUACACCUUCUCCUCGUUUAUCCGAGCUCAAAAGAGGCCAAAGAUGCGGGGACCCAUUUGUGGAUGCAAACAUCAUAUUCAUUCAUUGCGCUCUACAAAAGCAGACUAACUCGCAUCACCAAUAACAAUCCAGUCGAAGGACGCAAACUGAAUCAGCGCUUUCGGCAAUUUCUUGCCGAAGAAGAGCGGUUUUGGCAAGCACUUGUUCUACGCGUACAGAGGACACAUAACAUAGCACUCCCGACCUCGGUUGCCCUUCCACCCGAGCUUUCUGGCGUUGGUAUCGACGAAGAAGCUGUGGUUGGAGACUCGCAUUCACCAGAGCGAGGGCGGAACAAUGACUUCGGCUUUCCCGUGGUCUCUGACCCGUCACCCGUGUCGCAAUCGACUGCAGCGAGCAUUCUCAGCAAAGCCCUGAUAUGUCUCGGUGACAUUGCCCGUUACCGCGAACAAUAUCGACCACCACCGAAAAUCCCACCCCACGUUCCAGAGCCCAGACGCAAAUUAUACGAGCAUAAACCCAACUAUGGAAGGGCGAGGAUGAUGUAUCUCGCCGCGCAAGCCCUUUUGCCCAGCAGAGGGAAAUGCUGCCCAUCAGCUCGCUAUUUUGGCAGGCUACGAAGGAGACACGCUGGCGAGUGUGACGUGGUAUCUUCGGGCGCUUUGUGUCCCGGCACCGUUCGAUACUGCUGGCGAAAAUCUUGCGGGGGCACAAUUGAAGGCAUCUGUGCUAUUUUCGAAGAUCGGGGCCGGUUAGCUGAACGCGAACGAGAAGAGGAAGCGGAACCGGUCAGGGUCAGAGUCGAGAAGUUUAAGAGGGACUUGGUGUUGCUCCAUGCAGUCUGGAGGGAAGGCGACAGUCCUGAGACAACCCAGUUGGCUCUUUCCAAACACGCUGCACGCGUCUUUUCGUCUCUCAUUUCCGCGCGAGCACUUCCCGAGGAGAUGAUUGUCCGUGUUGGAAUAGUAGCGCAGGGUACAUUAUGGGCUAGCAGCCAUUUACCACCGGCACCGCCUAAGUCUGAAGGGGAAGAAACCGAAGAUCAAAGCAAGGGAAAAGAAAGGGAUCGGAAACGCCGCUCGAAACCCAAACCAACAAUCAUACCACCCGCUCCUGCUUCUGCCGAACAGCAACAACAGCUCCUUGCUCAUAUUUUGCGCCUUCAUACGACCCUUCUUGAGGUCGGAAUUCGCCAACUCGAUGAAGUCGAUGUCUACAUCGGGGCUCCUGUUGCUACAGCCGUACCAAUCCCGCUUCCCCACGUUGCUGGUGGGCGGAGCCGCAGAACGCGACCAGGUCGGAACCAUCCAAAUCCGCCACCCCAACGGGUAAUCCCAAGAGAGGAUGCCCAGUCGAAACAGCCGAAGAAGACUGAGUUGGCGGAGAGGAUAACAGCGGUUUUCAGAAGAACAUUACCGGCGUUGCGGGUUGGUAGCAAGUGGAUUAUGGCGAACUGGGACUUGGUCACGGUCGAGGGAGAACGAAAUCAGGAACUUGUGGCGUUUUGGGCCAUAUACGCCAAGUUUAUGCGACUGCUAGCAAAAACCUUUCCAGAGGAGGAGCUGCCACCUUUGACCCGUUCGGUUGGCCCAGAUGAUCAGCCACAAGUUGCUGCGGAGCUGGAGUUGGAGGAGGACUUGGACAUGAGAGGGUGGCUGCCGUUGCGUGGGCUAAUGGGCGGUCCAAUUGUUGAGGGUGGAGAAGAGACCCCACUCGAGCGGGAGAAUGCCAUCUGGCUCAACGAAGGAGUGCCCAAUGUUGAGCAACUAAUGCGGAUACGGGAUUUGCUGACCGACGGCAGAAAAAUGGCGGGAAAACAGGAUUCUCCAUUGGCGAUGUAUGGCGAUAAAUUUGUCCUUAAAGGUGUCGAAGCAGAGAAGCCACUGCCUGCGCGAUUGGCACCAAAUCUUGCCUCGAUUCGGGACUCGAGUUUGGCCCUGCGCGAUGCCCGCGAAAUGGAAGAAGAUGCGAUGACGGAGCAAACCUCUCGCACUGCUGAUGAUCUUAUUCACGAUGCAUUUUCAUUCUUGAACACGGACGGGGAUGAAAACAACGCACAAGAUAGCGAUGAAGACGAGAUCGUCUGGGAUCCCCGUGGUACUACAGCUCCAAUCUCUCCACCAUCACCUCUUCUUGUUCCCCAAACCGCUCAAACAAGCCCGAAAACACCUGUUCGCCCAGCGCCGAUGUCGCCUUCAAGUUCAAGAGAAACUGUCCCAGGAAUCUCUUCGAUUCCACCGUCUGUUGGGGUCAUCGGUGCACCCCCCACAUCUUCGUUUCUUGCACCCAAACCACCUUCUCCACCAAUCACUGCCUCCGCGCCGGUCAGUCCCGGCAUGCAAGUUCCAGGAACAACCGCCCUCGAUUUGCUCAAUAAUGUGCUUUCCAAGGCCAAACUUGCGACAAAGCCUCAGAUUUCCAUUCCGCCAAGUCUUGCUCCUCCAGGCCCAAUGAGUGGUGAUGCGUUAUGGUCCCCUGCUCAGCAACAUGUGCAAUCGAUUUGGUCGGCGGCAAGAGAUGAGCCUGGGUUGAUGAUAUUUUCUGGUGGAGGGUCGUCGGUACCUGCAGGAUUUUCGGCAACUACACUGCCAACUCAGGCAUAUCAGCAACAUCGACAACAGCAGCAUCAGCGAUUUGCGUCCCAGGAAACAUUUGGAGGAUCCCAAUCGACUAUCUGGUCGUCCCAGGAAUCACAACUAUAUCAACAUGUCCCCGUGGGCCCUAUCCAGCCCUAUUCCCCCGCCCCCCGCCUUUGGACAACUCCCAUCCGUUCAAGCCAAUGCAAGUCCUUUGGCCCAGCAUCAGCGUACCGUUUCGAGCUCGAUGACUGCAGCGCAAUUGUUUGGUGGUGGUUAUGGUUCGCUACCCUUGCCUUUAUCGCUGGGUGGGGGUGGAUCGCCUCUGCAAACGCACUCUACGAUCCGCGCACGCGACCCGUUCACCAAUGUCGGUGGCCACGGCCAUGGACUAUUCUACUCGUCGUCGUCCCAAAAUGUGCAUCCGGGGUAGCAGUAAUUUGCCAUCCGGACAGCGCCCUUUUCUGGCUUGCAUUCACUGUGUGUUGCCACAUCUGCCGAGUCUUUCUCUCGCAAUCACCUGCCACAAAAACUAGAAGAAAUGGCUGGCGCGUGCUGUUUUCGCCACUCGGCACCGCAGCAUUUGUUCUGGGUUUUCCGGAUACAGAGCUAGAGGACUGUGAAUGA